AUGGAGGUAGAAUCUCAUAGUUGUCGGAUUUGCCGAGGUGAAGCGACAUAUAAUCAACCAUUGCUACAUCCGUGUAAAUGUCGAGGUUCCAUCAAAUACGUUCAUCAGGAUUGUUUGUUGGAAUGGUUGAAUCAUUCCAAUAAAUCAACUGAAAAAUGUGAUAUUUGUAAUACUCCAUAUACUUUCAAAAUCAUUUAUGAUCCAGCUAUGCCAUCCCGAAUUCCAUUAUAUUUAAUCUGGCAAAAGCUUCUACAAACCAUUAGUAAAACUUUUAUCACUUCUCUUUCCUUAUCGUUAUAUGUGGCAUGUAUCAUCAUUCAAGUUCCAUUCUAUUGGAAAUUUGCUGGAAGAGUAUAUACUUGGGCUUUAGAUGGGAAAUUACCCUUCAGUAAUCAAUCUAUAAAGGAAGCCUUACUCUUUGGUGAAUUUGAUAUUGAAUCUUUCUUAUCAAAUUAUAUUGAUAAUAAAGGUGCUGCCAAUAUAACUCAAUUUCAAAUUGCUAUCAUUACCAUAAGGAAAUUCUUUGCAUAUACUUAUUUCAGUGGAUUAAGAUAUUUAGUCAUUGCUAUUAUAGUUCAUAUUGCAUUAUUCGUCGAACAUGAAUGGGUGGUCAGAGAUGAAGGGUAUUCAAAAUUGUUAUUACGUAAAAUUGGUAAAGAACCAAGAACAAAAUUAUUAGAUAUGUUACAACAAGCUUUAACUGGGUUAAGAAAUGAUCAAGUUAGAAAUCCAGAUGCAGCUGCUAAUUUAAGAAGAUUGGAAACUUUAGCUAAUGCCAUAAAUGAUUUACAAAAUGAUAAUAAUAAUGAUGAACCAAAUCGAGCUUUAAGACAAGAAGUCUUAAGAGCAAUCAUUGAUGGUGGUGAACCUUUCAAUGUUGACCAUAAUAAUAAUAAUAAUAAUCCUGACAAUAAUAACCCAAUCAACAACAUCAAUGAUAAUACUACUAAUGACAAUCACAAUGUCGAAAACGACUUAAACAACCAUAAUAAUAUCCAAGAUAAUCAUAAUGUUCUACAACAUCCUAUAAAUAAUGACGAUUUAUCAGAUGGAGAACUAGCUGAUAAUGAGGAUGGAAGAGCUGCAUUCGUCAACGGAAUAUUUGCCAAUAAUGGCCCUGCUGUUCCAGCUCCUGCUGAUAAUGGUAAUGUACCACCUCUCCCUAAUCAUUAUAAUGGUGACCUUGCUGGUGAACUUGCCGAACUAAUCAAUGAAGGCGCCAAUGCAGAUAAUGAUGAAAUGGAAGAUGAUCUCGAUGAUGAAAUAGAAGCAGAGGCUGAGGCUGUUGCUGAAGCCGCUGCUAAUGGUGCUGGAGGUGUAGAAAAUUUCUUGGAAUUAUUUGGGGUUAGUUUAAAUAUCAAAACCCCAAUAUUUUUAAUGUUUGUUUGUGAUUUUGUUAUUUCUGCAUACUUAUUUGUGGUUUAUUUAAUUCCUCACAUGCUUGGUAAUAUAUUUGUAUCGUUGAUUGGAUCUACUAUUCAAUUAAUUAAUGCCACUGUUAUUAAACCAUUCGUUAUAGAUCCAAAUCUCAUUUCCAUUGAUAUUUCCAGUUUUGAUACUGGUGUUGAAUUCUUUGAUUUUGCAUUAAUCUCAAUCCAAAAGUAUAUCGUAACUCCAAGUGUAUCAACUUUUCAAAAUUUAUUUGUUGAAAUGAAAAAUCCUCAAUAUUCAUUAGUUGAAAGAUCAAUGUUUUUAUUCUUUGGAUAUGCUAUAGUGGCAAUUACAGUUUAUAAAUUGAUGCAAACCGUUAUUGCAGGUUCUAAACCAGUGAUGGGAACUCCAAGAAAGAUUUAUAAGAAACUUUUCGAACUUACAUCUACUCUUAAAGUAUUCUUAAUCUUUGCCAUUGAGAUUUUCUUCUUUCCUGUUUAUUGUGGUUGGUUAUUAGAUUUCUGUGCUGCUCCAUUGGUAUUACCUCAAUUUACAAGACAAAUGGAUGAUGGUUCAACAACAUUUAUUAUUUUAGUCACAUCAUAUUUUGAAACUUUACAAGUAUCUUAUAUAAGAGUAUUACUUUAUUGGGGUUGUGGUACUCUUUAUAUGUUAUUUUUUGCAUUAUUCAUUGGCAUGGUAAGAAGUACAAUUUUACGCCCUGGAGUAUUAUUUUUCAUUAGAUCCCCUGAUGAUCCAAAUGCAAGAUUAAUUCACGAUGCUCUUGUUAAACCUUUAAUGUUACAAUUAUCUCGAAUUUAUCUUAGUGCUAAAGUUUAUACUGGAUUUAUUUUGAUUGGAAUUGGGGGUGUUACUUGGGGAUGUAGAUAUUUACUUAAAUCAUCUGUUGAAGGUGAAUAUUAUCUUUUGCCUAUUGCAUCUCCUGGAGUAGUUGCAAGUAUUAUAUUCUUUUACACUGUAUCAAGAAUAAUUGCUUCACAACCAUUAAUUUCAAAGUAUUGUCAACAAUAUUGGGUUAGAGCUUUUGAAAUCUCAUGUCAUAAAUUACGUCUUUCACAUUUCAUCUUGGGUAAACCAAUUUCUCAAGAAAGAGGAUAUAUUGUUUAUAGAAAUAUAUUCCAUCAAUUAUUAGCCACGGCUCAACCAGAUUAUUCCAAACCGGUACCAUAUUAUGAAGCUAAGAAAUUAUUCCAAGAUCCAACUAGUUCAGAUGCAUAUUUCGUUCCUAAUGGUAAUUAUGUGAGAGCUCCUGAUAAUGAUGGGGUUUCCAGAAAGUUUAUUAAGAAAUUAUUUGUAUCAGUCACUAAAGAUGAUCAAUUAUUAUCUGCUGUUGAACCAAGUACUACCAAAAGUGGAUAUGAAACCCCUUCGUCAGAAGAAGAAGAGGAUGAUGUUAAUACAGAAAAUGCUUAUACUGUUGUUUAUAGACCACCAAAUUUCAAAGCUAGAUGUUUUGGUUUAAUUUGUAUGUUAUGGGUAUUUGCUGUAUUGUUUAUUUUAAUCCUUAUUUUCUUUGCUACUAUUUUAGGAGUUCCAUUUAUGAAAUUACAUGAAAUAACGACUAGAUUUGAAAGUCCAACUCAACUCAGAUUUGAUUUUAAUUUAUUGUCAAGUAAAUUCGAAAUAGCGUCAUUAGCUAUUGGGUUCAGACUUGAAUUAGCUUUAUUAUCUUAUUUUGAUAGAUAUUUAGCCACCAGAAAUUUCGGUCAAGGAGGUAAUGAAGCCAUUCCUAAUGAUCGUAGAGAAGGUAAUUUACCUAAUGGAAAUGUUAAUGCCAAUGCCAAUGCUCAAAAUGAAGCCAGAAAUGAAUUAAUCAAUCGUAUAAAUGAAUUCAUUAGAGAAGUUAAUUUCUUACCUAAUGUCCCACCUAUUUUAAUCAUUGCUGCUUCAUUCUUCCUUUGGGGUUGUUUCACGCUUAUCUUCCAUAAAGUAUGUGUUGAUUAUCCACUUCGUUAUUAUUUCAAUGUCACACAUUUACCUUAUUUGAUCACAGGAUUAACUACUCCUAUCCAUUUACUUAUUUCCAUUUGGACAGUUUUUCCCUUCCUUUCAUAUAUAUUGGUCAGUAUGCCACAUUUGAAUGGCGAUGCCAUCGAUAGAGCUAAUCUUGUCCAAUUGGUAUGGAAAUGUGGAUUAAUCCCAGUAUUGAUCAAUUUCGCCUUGAUUCAUAUUCCAACAUAUAUACUUAAAGUAGUGAUUAAAUUAAGAGAAGAUUAUGAAAUUGGUACUAUUGAACAAAAUGCCGCUUUAAGAGUAUAUAUGUGGCCUGCAUUUGGAGUAUUGUUUAUUAUUAUUAAGAUCAUUUAUGGGGGAUAUACUUUAUUCAAUGAGAUUAAUGAAUUAGUAAAGAAGGAAAAAUAUGUUAAAGGUAGAGCCAUUGCUAAUGUUGAUGGAUCUGAUGAUGAAGCAGAAGCAGAAGAGGUGGCUGAUAAAGUUCAUCCUCAACCACGUGAAGAAGACGUACAAGAAGACGUACAAGAAGACGUACAAGACGAAGAAAUAAUAGAGGAAAUAUGA